UAAUGGUUUGAAACAACAUAAUUUUACACAAUGAUACACAUUAAACAUAUUUAUAAAUAUAUUGACAUUUCAAGAAAUCUGUACAGUCCACUAAUACUCGAUAUGUAGAAUCGUACAAAAGGAGAAAUUGAAUGAAAAUUUAGUUCUUUAAAAAUAGAAUCUACGAAUAGUAAUUGUGAUAGUGAUAGAAUUAUAUUGUUUUAUUAUUAAUUUUAAAGAGGAAUCGCAUAUUUUUUAUCUAUCAACAAAUUUCAAUAAUCUAUAAGAGAAUUAGCGAUUUAGAAGAUUCUUGACUAUUUUGACUUAACGACUGAACUUCGAAUUUUGUCAAUAUUGAUAAAUGUUUCUAUUGAGCCUACUGUUAGUCAAGGUUAGGCAUUAACCAUGUUUAUAAUUUGAAGUGCAUGAUCCACAUCAUCUUGCCAAAAUUUAGCUGUUUGUUAUUUGAUUGAAGCGUUUAAUACACCGUAUAAAAGAAAAUCGGACAUGCAUUAUCCACUGAUUCAAGAAGAAUAUAGUAAACAAGAAACAGGUCUUCAAGCGAGAAGUUACUAUAAUGGUUUUGGAGCACCUGCCACAGCAACUUAUUAUCCGACUUUUGAUCCCAUUAGUGUUUUAGCAUCAUUAGCAUUUUUAGCAUUUUUAUUGCAGUCCUUUGCAUCAUUAUUUGAUCGUUCAAGAUCCAUCAUACCAACAAUAGUUAAUAGUCGUGCAUCAUCUUCACAAUUAAAAAAUGUGGGAAUUACAAGACGUAUAUUACAUGCAUUGGAUGACUAUGAGAAUCUUAACGAAGGCUCAAUUGAAGAUGAUCAAUCCAACAUGAUAGCUUUAUAAGCUACUACAAGAUAAAAUAUAUUUAUUAAGUAUAUUAUUGGGUUGACAAUAUAAAAUUUGUAGUACAUUGUAUUAUCAAUUUUGUUUAUUUUUCAAUUUCAUAUUUGACGACCCAAUAUAAAAAUAUUAUACUAAAAUACAAUAUAUGAUAUUUUUACAAAUUGUACUUUUUAUUAUAUGUAAAGAAUUCUACAAUUGUAAUUCUACGAUUGCUUAUACGAACUAAUCUUUUCUUUUUUCUUUUAUAUUUAAUUUAUUCUUGACAUAGUCUUUCAUAAAAUAUUUAUUUUAUCCAAAUUAUACAUAUUUCUACACGUUUAAUAUUGCUACAUACAAAUAUCAAUUUAUAAUAAUACAUCAUUGUAUACAAGUAUUUUAAUUAAUAUUAAGUAAUUUACUAUAGAUUAUAUUUUAAUAAAUUUUUACUUAAUACUAUGAAA